CUGACAUCCAAGUGAAAGGUCAUAAGAAAAUUGAAGUCUUCGUAAAAAGAAAAGGUAAGUAACCGCGGAAAGAGGUCAAUUACAAUAUCGAAAUUUAACGACGACAUCCCCAGGAGGUAAUAGAAAUAUGACACGAUUGCGAUUGAGAAAGCGGCUUGUGAUGGCGGGUUGCCUUGCUUCCAGCGGAGUCGCCACCAGCAGCCGGUAUCCACGUUUUACCAUAUUUCCUACGACGACGAGGAUGGGGCUUACCUCAUGAUGUGAGUUCUCGCGUUAGUAGAUCGCCUCGUACGACUAUGGGAGUUCACCUAAAAAUCCAUGUUGACCAAUCAACCUACUUAGCUACUGAUAAGAAAGUCAAUCCAACGCCACCCACAGGCAUCGGGGCGCUCAUCGCACAUCACACCGAGUCGACGAUGUACAGAACGAGGAAUCACUAUUCGGCGGCGACGAGGAAAAACAUGAAGAGAAACAGCAGCAUGAAGAAGGAGGGAGGAGUCAUGAUGUACAUGUACAGAAGAAACAGCACGGAAAUCACGGCAGAACAUCAGGAGCAACGAGGCAUCGGAAGUCCGGGUCCAGUGGAAAUCAUGGACACGCUUCAAGUGACGAACAUGCUGGGAAAGACAGAAAAGCAGCGUCAGACGAAUUUUCAAGCAUCGAAGUAGGCGCUUCCUUCAAGAAGAAAGGGAAGUCGGUCAGGUCCCGUGAGACGGCGAGGAGCAGCAGUGCAUUAGACGAAGCGAAGAACUCGGCAGGAGCCGGUGAUAACCAGCGCCACCAGCAUAUUAGUAAAGAGAAAGUACAUCGACAUAAUCACCGGCGGCCGCAGCAUGGUGAUCAUCAACCAGAUCAAAUAACGCAAAUGGCAGAGCAUGGGAUAGCAGCGAGUACAGCCGAGCAACGGCAACAUGGAAAUGAGAGAGGCACACACAAAUCGGAUGCGAAACCCCACGAGAGGAGGAAGGCGCAGCUUAGAUCAGAGCGUAGUAGGUCAUCCAAGACGUCUGGAGGUGAAGCAGCAGCAAUCGUUCGCGACGACGGCCAUGUUGCGGGUAGCAGUUCGAAGAUUUUCUUGUUAUGUUGGCCAGUCAGGUUUUUGGUUCCUCCAGUUGGUUGGGAGCGUUUGUGUCGGUAGUUGAACAGACGGUGUUCUGUUUGAAUAAAAAGGUCUUUAGCGACACUGUGGGUUUUCGAUAUGAAAACGUUGCAUCAGCCGAGGAAAGCGUUCGUAAUGCGAAGUUCUAAUCCCCAAUUUCGACGACGCUGAUGCUGCCGCUGCCAGCGCUAAAAGUAGUGCGAGUGACGCGGCUAGUAGCGCUGGUAACGCUGCUAAUCAGUUAUCGAGCCUGGGGAAAAACGCUACACAUCCGAUCAAGAACAUUGCCGCCGACAUUGACGAAUGGAUUAUGAGAAGCACAAUAGCAGAACAGAAAAUAUAUCUGUGGAAAAACGAAAAACGCAGGGUAACAGAUGAUCUGUGUCGUUGUGCCUCUCGUGUUCAGAAAAAUGUUAAGUACUUUUGUUCCGCCUCCCCCAUAUUCUUUUCUGCCCUCCUUCAUGCUGCAACUGUGGUUCGUGGACAACUUGGAGCUUUUCCUGACCAUUGUUACCGGAAUCAUCGUGUGUCAAUUCGCCUGCCUGGUCUACACAGCCUAUUCCUACCUGGCGUGCAUCAUCGGACCUACAUUAUGCAUUGGACGUAAAAUUUGUUUGUCAUCGGGCGAGUUAGAUGCUGGCUUUGUAUUUCCUCUCUUCAAGGGGAAUGGUCGAUCAUAGAGUUUGUUGUCCAAAUUUGGAUAUCUGAAUUGUUGACGCAGUUAGAUUGCCACGCUUCACGACAUCCACCGGUAGACUGUCGUUUGUGAUACUCCUCCCCUGCGCAACCCUGCUUCAUACCUUGUUAGCUGUGCCUGUUGCCUGUGGGGUUGGAUCUGGGACUUGUUCAAGCGAAUAUGCAAAAGCUGUCCCUGUUGUGGCGGUGGCAGCAAAGAAUAGGAGAGUUGGAUAGAGGAGGAGGGAGGUGCCUGGGAUGCACUAUCCUGAUUCCGAUUUAUUAUCAGGUGAACACUAUACUCCCCUCGGAGGAUAACAGUGAUAAAGCGGGAAGAUUCCCUUUAUGAGCAUGUGCCCUAGCAGAGCUCUCAACCGAGUAU